AAAAACAUGAAGGGCAGAAAAUGUUGCUAUCAUCCAGCUCUUUCAAUUUGGUAAUGCAAACAUUUCAACCGAAGAGACAUUUAUGCCACACAUUACAGCACUGUAAUAGAAUCUGAGCAGAACUGUUUCCGAAAACUACACAAAUUAAAUCCUGCCAGUAUUAACUGAUCACACUGUAACUGGAAAUAUCAGAUAAUUGUUGCUAAUUCAUGGUGCCAAAAAAUCCUGAGGUUAAUGUAGUACUUCACUACCGUUAGAUAACAUUAAAAGAAUGAUAAAUCUAGUGUAGACAUAGUUAAUGUGGUAAAUGACUAUUGUAGCUGGAAACGGCUGAUUUUUAAUGGAAUAUCUCCAUAGGGGUACAGAGGAACAUUUCCAGCAACCGUCACUCCUGUGUUCUAAUGCUACAUUGUGUUAGCUAAUGGUGUUGAAAGGCUCAUUGAUGGUCAGAAAACCCUUGUGCAGUUAUUUUAGCACAUGGAUAGAAGUGUGAGUUUUCGUGGAAAACAUGAAAUUGCCUGGACGACCCCAAACUUUUGAACGGUAGUGUAUUUGUGUGAUACUUCCGGGUGACGCUAAAUUUCCCCGACUGUCCGUGAAGGCAGCACUGAGUGAAACUGCCAGCAGGAGCAGUCGAGAGCGGAGAUCAUUAGAGAGCAAACACAGCUUCCUGGAUGGAAAAGAAACGCAGGGGCAGAGCCGAAACACACCAGGACACACACACAGGCCAGACAGCAGCGAGCAGGACGCUUAAACAUGCUUUUAGUUUCUCUUUAGGCCCGUUGCGGGGGUUAGAAAGGCGCCGUCGGUGCGGUCGCAGCGGUGUUAGGCGUUGACAGCAGCUUGUUCCAGCAGCAGACUCGAUCAACACAUGUGUCUGUGUCUCAGCAAUCAGAGCACUGCGGCUGUGCAUCUGGACUCCUACACCCAGCGGUCCAUCAGCAAGGAACAUGGAGGCUGUAGCUCCUCUCUGUCCCCAGCAGAAGGGCUAGGAGUAGCCUGAUUUCUCCAUCCUUCUCUCCCUGCCCGGCUGCUUCGCCUCAUCAUGGCCAGCAGGAGUCCCACCCUGAGCCGGGAAGCCGUGGAUUCGGCUCCGGAGACACCUGAGGCUGCCGCUGGCCCCCAACCAGAGCCCGAGAUCUUCUGCAAGCUGUGCCUCAGUGAGCAACCAUCUGCAGCCACCAAGGAGCUGCAGAGCUGCAAGUGCGUCUUCUGUACAUCGUGUUUGCAGCAGUAUGUUCAGCUAGCCAUAAUGGAGGGUGGGGGUGCACCCAUCACCUGCCCAGAUAUGACCUGCCAAAAGACUGGAGUGCUCCUGGACUCUGAGAUAGCUGGCCUGGCUGCAGCAGAUCAGGCUGAGCUGUAUCAGCGUCUGAAGUUUGAGAGAGAGGUGAAGCUGGACCCCGGUAAAGCCUGGUGCCCGGUGCUUGAAUGCCAGGCGGUGUGCAGCGUGCAGCCGAGCACCGAGGGCCAACCUGCCGCUGUGCCCUGCCCGACCUGUGGCACCGUCUUCUGCUCGGGCUGCAGAGGACCGUGGCAGGACGGCCACACCUGCCCCGAGCGCCAGCCAAUCAUGUCCUCAGCCUCUCAUGAAAGCAGGGCCCGCUCUGACAGUGACUCCGACAUGCCCAUCAAGCAGUGUCCUACGUGUGACGUCUACAUCGAGAGGAACCAGGGCUGUGCACAGAUGCUGUGUAAGAGCUGCAAACACACCUUCUGCUGGUACUGUCUGCAGAAUCUGGAUGGUGAUAUCUUCCUGAGACAUUAUGAUAAGGGACCGUGCAGAAACAAGCUGGGACACUCCAGGGCCUCGGUUAUGUGGAACAGAACGCAGGUGGUGGGCAUCCUGGUGGGGGUCAGCAUCAUUGUGCUGGUGACAUCUCCUCUGCUCCUGCUGGCGUCGCCCUUCAUCCUGUGCUGUGUGUGCAAGCCCUGCAGAGGGAAGAAGAAGAAGAAGAGGAAGAAGGACCUCAGCCAGCCCGACUCCUCCACAUCAUAGCAGCUCUCGCUCCCAUCUGCCUGCCCAGGAUCACGCCACUAACCUCAUGAAAGCCAAGACAAGUGCUGCAUGGAGGAAAAGAAUAAAACUCAUGGAACAAUGGAGUACUUUUUUAUUUCUCGACAGACUGGAACUGUAAGUGGGUCAUCCGGAUCAACAAGUACAGACUUUUCUAUGAAGCCUCAGUGAGAGAGCUGCUCCAAGAUAACUCUGGAGUUAGACGUGUAAAUAUAUGAAGAAUGAAUGUAAGUCACUUUCCUAGCUAAUUUUCAGAGGCAUAGCAGAUAGUAAGUAGAUUGACAGCUGUGAGAAUUUUCCUGCACAGGACUUUCUCUCUGUAACACACACACACACACACACACACACACACACGCAGUUCAAAGUGCAACGCCACCCUCAUGUGCCAGACGUCAUGAUGCCAAACCAGAGGUGUUAGGUGCUCAAGUGCCUCGCUCUACAGUGCCUGGUGCUUGGUUCGAUUUCUUUUGCCUUCCAUUCUAUCUUUAUCUUAUGCAAACAUUUUUUUAACAUUCUGAAAACGGACGACCGUCAGGAUCACACAGGGUUGUAAAUCCCUAAACGAUGCAAAACAUUCUCUGAUAAUGGGAGAAGGCGGACGGCAUCACGUGUGCACUGUUGAUUCUGUGCUGAUAUGAAACAUGAUAGGGCUGCAGUGGUGCACAGAGAACUCUUCCUCUGCGGAUGUUUGUCGUCUCCACCUGGCGUGUGUUCCAGACCAAAGGCUCUAAAGGAUAAUGUGUACUUUUCUAAAGUGUGUUAGUAUGUAUUUAUGGGUUAUGUGUGUAUGGUGUCAUUUCUACGUUUCUGUUGAUGUUUCUGCAUCAGAUAUUUUAUAAAAGCGCCAUUGUAAAUGAAAAUAAACAAUGUAUUGAACAUGCA